CGGACAAGCCAGGGCAUGGCCCCGUUAUCCCGCCCCGCUGUCCCGCCCGCCGCCUUCCGGGCAGGCCGGGCCCCGCCUGCAGCCGCCGGGAUGCUGCUGCCCCGGGCGGGCGGUGCCGCGGGCCGGGCCUUGCCGCCGCUGGCCGCCCUGUCCCAGGUGCUGCGGCUGGAGCGGAGCCGCCGCACUGCCAUCGUGUUCCCGCUGCAGAAGCUGGAGCGGUACCUGGCUCCCGGCACCGACACGGCGCAGUUCCGCCUCUUCCAGCCCGGGCUGCCCGCCCUGCAGCGCGCCGAGGCGCUCUUCACGUCCGACCGCGGACACUCCAUCGACUACGUGAGCUCCGCCGUGCGCAUGGACCAUGCCCCGCCGCUGGCCCUGCCCGAGGUGUGCUUCAUCGGCCGAAGCAAUGUGGGGAAAUCAUCUUUAAUCCGGGCCUUGUUUUCACUGGCUCCAGAAGUGGAAGUUAGAGUGUCAAAAACUCCGGGCCAUACCAAGAAGAUUAAUUUCUUCAAAGUAGGAAAAUACUUUACUCUGGUGGAUAUGCCAGGAUACGGCUAUCGUGCCCCGCAGGACUUUGUUGAGAUGGUGGAGGCCUAUCUGCAGGAACGGCACAACUUGAAGAGGACCUUCCUAUUAGUUGAUGGUGUAGUUGGACUCCAGAAAACAGAUCACAUUGCGAUAGAGAUGCUGGAAGAGUUUGGGAUUCCUUAUGUGAUGGUGUUAACAAAAAUUGACCGAGCUUCCAGGGGAGUAUUGUUAAAGAACGUACUGGAGAUCCAGGAGUUUGUAAAGGAGAGCACUCAGGGAUGCUUUCCUCAGUUGUUCUUGGUCAGUUCUGUGGAGUUCUCAGGGGUUCACUUGCUCAGGUGUUUUGUAGCCCAUGUUACUGGAAACCUGCCUACUGUUGAGGCCAGCUGAAAAGACCUGCUGAUCUGCUUGGCUCAUCAAGAACAAAAGUAGGUGCAACAGGAUAGCAUGCCUUGCUUGCAGACUUGAGUUGUCCCUAUUCCCCAAGGAUGAAGGAAAGAAUGGAUUUUUAAAGGGAUCUGCUUUUCUAUGAGUGUUGGCUUGAAACUGAGUGGAAUAAAAGACUGACAUCUAGAGGAGCCCUGUCCUGCACACUGUCACAAGUCAGUGCUGCAUCUAUGUUCUGUUUUGAGAUCCAGCGUGAAUUUCUGCAGCUCCAUUUGGAUGCAUUGCCAGAUCUGAGGCACACCAUCCAUGAUCUGUAUUGGCUCUACCCUGGCAGCUGAAGCACAACACUGAUGUGUCCUGUACUCCUUAGAGGAACUGCAUCCCACAGCAGCUGUGUUGUUCAGAGCACCUGAAACUGUCCAGUUACAAAGCAGAACUGGACAAAAGGACAGCCAUCAAUAGCAGCAGUCACACAGGAGAACUUAGUCUGAAGGAAGCUAUGAAGUGCCUGUGUCAAAUCCUGACACUCAGUCUUGGUCAUUUCUUGGCCAAAUGUGGUUAUGCAGUUGCCACAGUUACUUGCAUUAAGUGUUUAAACCUCAAGAAAAGGAAAGUGCUUUUCUAAACCACUCUGACAGUGCAAAAGGACUAGAAAUAUCACUUCCUUGCAGUAUGCAAUUUCUUGUAACACACUAGACAUGAGACAAGAUCUGUUUUCAGCAUACAUGCAAGAAGAGAAUGUGAGGAAUGCAGUAAAUGUGGCUCUCUAGCUUCUGCAUCUUAGUGAUCAAACCUGUGAUUCUGUUGAUAUUUUAUCUCUAAUCCCCAAAUGCUGCAGGGCAAAACAGCCCAAGGGAUGCACGAUCCUAGAAAUGCAGUAGCAGCUAUACAAAUGGAAUAGGUGAAAGUGAACACUUAAGGAAAGGUCUUUUUGUAGUAUCUUAAAACUGGGAUCUUCCAAAAGCUUUAAUCUUGUCAAGGCUGUAAUUUUCAGGGCCUCAGCCUUGACUAAAUAACCCUCAAUAUGUAAAUAACCCUGAAUAUGUAAAAGAGCGCAGUGCUGGUUUUAGUCCCUCUUCAGAACAAAACUCCUUACAGUGCUAGGAAGUCUUUUACUAACCACUUAAAUACAUUAAAUACGUCAAUUUGUAUAAAAAACCUGGAUAUUUAUACAGACUGGUGUGUAUGGAACAUUAGGUGCCAUCUUCUCCUUCAGAAGCAGCUUUACCUCUGGACAUGUCUUGUUUUUAUUCAGAAGUGCUUCAAAUACUGGAAGAACUGCAUUUUGCUUAGCAGGAGAGAACACUGCAGUUUGAUUCUUGACCUUGCCCCUAUGACAAAACAGUAAAUAAAAUCAAGUCUCCUAAACAAUAAAACUUAUAUUUACAGGC